GACAGCUAGCUAACGUUGUUUUUCCUCGGCUUGGUUAAAUCGCAGAAUUAAAACUAUGAGCUCUUUUUGAUAUAUUUUAAUGGUUUUUAUCGAGUAAAUAAAUACAUUUCGCUUGUUUUCUUGAGUUGCUUGAGAAGUUACAUCAGCGAAUACCGAGUGAGGUUAAACCUGAAAGUGUCAUAUGUGUCAUCUGGAGAGCCGUGACAAUGGCAGAUGACAAGGACAUACUCCGGGACGUGUGGUUCGGCCGGAUACCGGCGUCCUUCACGCUUCAUCCAGACGAGCUCACGGAAAGAGAGGCAGAACCGUUUUAUUUGCUCCUUCCGAGGGUCAGUUAUCUGACACUAGUGACCGACAAGGUUAAGAAGCACUUUCUGAAAGUCGUGAAGCAAGAGGAUGUAGAAGAGAUAUGGUUUGAGUAUGAAGGGACGCCUCUUAAAUGGCACUAUCCAAUCGGUGUGUUGUUUGAUCUACAUGCCUCAAAUACUGCUCUCCCCUGGAGCAUCACUGUGCACUUUAAGACUUUUCCUGACCGUGACUUGCUCCACUGCUCCUCCAGCACUGUAAUUGAGGCUCAUUUUAUGUCCAGCAUUAAGGAAGCAGAUGCACUCAAGCACAAGAGCCAGGUCAUUAAUGACAUGCAGAAAAAAGAUCACAAGCAGCUGUGGAUGGGUCUGCAGAACGAUAAAUUCGACCAAUUCUGGGCCAUGAACCGCAAGCUGAUGGAAUAUCCAACCGACGAGGGCGGCUUUCGCUACGUUCCCUUCAGAAUAUACCAGACGCUGAGCGACAGGCCGUUCAUCCAGAAGCUGUUCAGGCCCGUUUCUCCAGAGGGCCACACGCUCACUCUCGGAGACCUGAUGAAAGAGAUGUUCCCUGCUGCCAUCAGCCUGGACGACGAGCCAAAGAAAUACCAAGUGGUGAUCCACGGCAUCGAGCCGCUCCUGGAGACGCCCGUGCAGUGGCUGAGCGAGCACCUGAGCCAUCCGGACAACUUCCUGCACAUCUGCGUCGUCCCGGUGCCGAGCGACUGAACCGCGGACCGGACGGAACUGGACGGGCAGAGAGUCUCAUCCGGGAGGGAACUUACAAAAACGUCAUUUUUUUUCUUUCCAGCUUCAGAGAGGUGCAGCGCUCGGACACGCCCAGCUCCAGGAUGAUGCUGUUGGGUUAUUAGUACGAUGUGAGGAUGUAAAUACAGACCCAGCGCUGACUGGCUGAGCAUUUUCAGUAUCCUGAACAUUCAUCAGCCCCAGUGACAUUAAUAUAACAGACGUAACUGCCACCAAAGGUCUCACCACUAUUAUUCACCGACCUGUGUUUGUUAAAGGGAACGGUUCUGUUUAAACAUUAAAAAGUCAGUAUGCCAAAAGUA